AUGGAGUGGAGAGAUGAUUUUUCUCUUGAUUCUUUGAAUUUGGAUUGUUUGCUAAACACAUUUCCUGGAAAUCUGGAGGUUCAACAGGUACUUGGUGACAUUGAUGAGAAAAUAAAGAAAAAUACUUCAUGUGUGGAUCAAUGCCUUAAGGAACUACAACUGGAAUUAAAUGAAACUUGUUCUGAUGAGUUGCUGCAGGACACAACGAGUUUUCUUCAUUGGCUAAAUAACCAUGAUUUCAGUUCAACCAAAUUCUCUUCAACCAAUCAAGGAGAAUUAAUCAAGUUUCUCCAAACACUGCAAAGAUUAUUGAAGAAUGAACAAAAUCAAGAAGAAAUAAUUCUUCAAUUUCUCCUUGAACUCUCCAAUCAGUGUGGUGUCUUAUUUCCCUGUACUCCAAGUGGAGCAUCUUUUGAAUUUGUAUCCAGUAGUUCCAUUCAUGGUAUUGAAGAUGAUACAGCAGUGGAUGUUCAUUGCAUUUGGGAUGAUAUAAGAUUACAUCUUCGACGCUACUUAGUACAUCAAUUGCAAAGUAAUCAAAAAAUAAAAACUGGUACUUUACAACAUCAACUGCAAUUUAAAACCCAGUGUCUGCAGCAACUCUUAUUUCUUUAUCCUGAAUCUGAAGUUCUAGUCAAGUAUCAAAAAAUGCAGAAAAAAUUGGUUAGUGAUCUUUUGCAAAAAUGUGCUCAGGGUAAGAGUGAUGAAAUGAAUUUUGAAAAGAUUGUUCAUAAUUACAAUAGUUCCAUUCCUGCCUUCUGUGCAAUGAUAAAAGAAGAUUUAUAUAUACUAAGUGGAAUUAUUGAUUCUUCUUCUGUGCUGAAAUUUAUUAAUGAAACUUACUUGGAUACCUUCACUGAAGAAAUCACUUUUGUUUUUCACAUGCUUUGUCAGCUUCAACUCAAAGAAAAAGCACUGCAUGAUAUAAAGACAAGCAAGAACUCAAAGAAAAACAGAGGCAUGGUUCAAGUUGUGGUUGCUGAGGAACAUUCCAGAAAAGGAAUGAACCAGUGUUUGACAUUACAUCAACUCAAAUGCCUUUCCCAGCUUAUAAAAUCAUGUUUGUUGAUGGAAGAAAAUAUUGAAGAGCUAUCUUCGGGUUUACUGUUAGUAUGUAUGUCUGAGAACAAAAGUAUUCAAGGAGUUCUGAAAAAUACUUGUGGGGAGCUUUUUACAGGAGCAAAUGAAUCCAGCAAAUUUCCUGAGCAUAUUCUUAAGGUUAAAAAGUCUGCCAUGCUAGAGUUUGGAUGGAGAAAUGUUUUUAAAGACCUGUCCUCUUCAGUAGCACACAGUUUAAUAAUUGCAGUUGAAGAUUUUUCCGGUAAAAUUCUUGAACAUGAACAAAAUGAACAGUGUUCAGCUACUUAUUAUAUGAUGUGCCUUGUAAAUGUACAAAACAUGAAUGAUUCCUGGAGAGUUGUCAAUGAGAAAGAGCAACCAAAGCAGAUUUCAAAGUUUUGUUCUGACGUCAUGGAAGUACUUGACAUGUUGCUCCCAUUGGCUCUCGCAUGCAGAGUUGAAGUUUUCCAGGAAAUUAGAGCAAACUUUAUAGAGGCUUGCAGCAAAGUGGCAGCAGCUCUCCUGACCAGACUGGAAGAGAGAAGUAAAGAUGUUCCUACAAGAGCUCCACUUCAGAACUUAUAUACCAUUCUUUCCACAGCAGUACAUGUAUAUCAGCGUUUUAAAAUGUAUCAAAAUGUAAUGAAAGUGGAAUCUGGAGCGCCCUUAUUUCUAGCACUACUCCAGCAAUAUAAGGAACUGAUCAGCAUUCUUCAAUUUCAAGUUACAAACUAUUGCAUACAAGUGUGUAUUACAAGCAUUUUACAGGAUGCCGAGAGUCAUUACUGGGAGGACAAGAAAGCUUUUUAUGAGGUAUGGAAGUAACUUUACUAUCCUUCAUUUUUAUCCAAAUGUGGUUUAUUUUU